AUGACUAUUUUUAAUUGUAAAGCUGGCAUUAUUGUGCUACUAGUAUUAACUAGCAUAAUAUUAAAAUCUGAUGCACUCUCAGUGUCUCUUUCACACGGGUCUGAUGGAGUUCGAGUUAUUGUCUCCAGAGAUUCAGACGGAAAAGAUGUUGUGCUAACGGGAAUCCUGGGCUUAGGUUUAAAUUACACCCAUAACAACCCCGUCGACGCCAAUUUCUCAUACACAAUCAACCAAGAUACUGUGCAAAUAUUUUGGGAAACCAAAAACACAGACUUGAGGCUUCGCGAUUGUUACGAUCUGAAUCAGUCAACAACCAACUGGUUCGGAGGACCGGAAAGGUACAGGCAAGUCUGGCCGUUGGAAGAAAUGACCAUCAAAGCUUCGGACAAACCUUAUGCAGUUGCCAAAACAGAUAAUUUCGCUGUUGCUGAACCGUACUGGUUGAAUUCCAAUGGGGCAUUCAUUUACGUUGAUGAAAGAACGCCUUUGUACGUCGACCAAAACAAUUUGGAGGCUGGGAAGGUUUGCUUUAUUGCUGAUGCUCAAGGUGUUUAUGUGGGAAGAAACAGGGUAGUUCUUAAUUACACGAUUGGAGUCCAAGAAAAUGCCAAACUGGCACAUUUGUUUGCUGUUGAAAACUUCUUGGGUAAACCUACUGGCCAUCCUAAUGACAAAAUGAUAAGCGAACCUAUUUGGACCACCUGGGCGAAAUAUAAGAAAGAAAUCAACGAUGACGUUGUUCUGGAAUUCGCCGAUGACAUUGUCAAACAUGGAUAUGCUGGACAGUUGGAAAUCGAUGAUGAAUGGGAGAAAUGCUACGGCCAUCAAGAAUUCAGUACCAUUAAAUUCCCAAACAUUAAUGAAACAGUAAAAAAGCUCCACGAAAAGAACUUCAGAGUUACCCUUUGGCUUCAUCCUUUCGUGGAUGUAGGAUGCAGUCCAAAUGAAGAAAUUGGACUUGAAAAAGGUUACUUCGUAAAGGAUAAGAACGGUAACACCCAUGCAGAUUGGUGGAACACUAACACUUCCCAUCAAAUUGACUUUACACAGGAAGAAGCUCGUAAAUGGUACUCUGAUAGAGUUAGCAAAAUCAAAAAUCAUGGAAUAGACAGCUUCAAGUUUGACGCUGGAGAAUCUGACUAUGCGAAUCAGCCAAACGUUUAUCCAAACGAGGACAUCGAAUUGGUACCAAACUCCCUUACAAGUCAUUACAUCAGGACGGUUGCUAAGUUUGGUGAUUUGGUUGAAGUUCGCUCUGCAUACAAGACUCAAGAUUUGCCAAUUUUCCUUCGCAUGCUCGACAAAGACUCUUCAUGGGGAUUCGAAAAUGGACUAAGGACUUUGGUUACCACCCUCUUGCAGCUAAAUAUGAACGGUUAUACUUUGGUUUUGCCUGAUAUGAUUGGAGGUAACGCUUAUAAUGGUCUGUCACCUGAUGCUGAGCUCUUGGUUCGUUGGUCUCAAGCUAAUGUCUUCAUGCCCGCCAUGCAAUUUAGUUUUCUUCCUUGGGAAAUUCCAAGUGAUAAGUUUGAUACAGAAAAGCUGAUUAAAAAAACUAUCGAUUUACAUAGUGAAUAUAGUGGAGAAAUAUUAAAGGCUAUGAAUGAGUCGAUUGUGAAUGGUACUCCAGUUAAUCCACCUAUUUGGUGGGUCGAUCCUUUGGAUAAGGUUGCACUGGGAGUUAAUGAUGAAUACCUAUUAGGUGAAAGUAUAUUGGUUGCACCAGUUAUGGAUCAAGGGGCAGUUUCAAGAGAUGUCUAUUUACCUGUUGGAUCUUGGAAGGAUGGAAACACUGGGGAAAUUUUCAUUGGUCCAAUCAAUAUAGAAAAUUACAGUGCACCUAUUGAUGUCUUACCUUACUUUAUAAAACAAUAACUAAAAUGUAUAUAAUGAUGUAUUUAUAAUGAUAAAUUAAAAUAUAUAGAAUAAAAUAAUUUAUAUUAUGUA